AUGUUGCAAUCAUCGGAGCAGGCCAACGUCCGAGUCUCCGUCUUCGAGACCCUCCCCAGACAAACCUACGAGGACAACCCGCGAACGUGGACGAUGGCCCUGCACUGGUCCCGCCGCAACGUCGAGCAGUGCCUCCCGCCCGAGCUCUUCGCCGCUCUGAGCAGCGCGCACACGAACCCCUGGCACGAGCCCUCGCACGACGAGGCCCAGAGCCUGCCGGUCGUGGACGGCAAGACGGGCGAGGUGCUGGUUGCGGCGAAGGUGGACGACGGCAGACGGGUCGUGCGCAGGAAGCUGAGGGAUCUGUUCCGGCGCGGGAUCGAUGUGAGGUUUGGGUAUAAGCUGGCGGGGGUCGAUACGAGUGGAGAGGGGGUCACGGCUACUUUUGAGAAUGGCGAGGUGGUGCGUGUGGAUGUGAUUGUUGGGGCGGAUGGUGCGAAGAGUGUUGUGAGAGAUCACCUCGUGAAUGGCGAUGCCAAGGAGCUGGAUCGGGUCCCGUUGAUUUCUACGAACAUUGGAUGUCGGUACACGGCGGAGCAGGCUCGAUAUCUCAGGAGCAAGAUUCACCCGAUUGCCAAUAUGGCUGUUCAUCCGGACCAAGACACUCUGUUCUUUCUCGCUGUGGCCGAUGUUCCUGAUCCCGAGGACCCGGAAACCUGGGAGUUCCAGGUCGCGCUGUCUCUUUGGAGCACUGAAGAUCCUCCCGAGACAAACGAGGACAGGAUGAAAUAUUUCAAGAAGCUCGCGGAGCCGUACUGCGAGCCGUACCGGUCUGCUGCGCUCUGGGUCCCGGAUGACACAUACAUUCCGCGUGACAAGAGUGGAAAAGAAUUGCGCCAUGGAAAAACUUUGGCGGGCGCGUCACCGUUGCCGGCGACGCCGCGCACCCCAUGUGUCCUUGUGAGUGCGCACUCCAAGCCCGAAGACAAAUUUGCUGGCUCUAACCGUGAGAACACUCCAGUCCGUGGCCAGGGCUUGAAUAAUGCACUGCAGGACGCCGGAAACCUGGUCAAGGCCAUCACGGCCGUGAAGGAGGGCCGGCAGACUCUUGCGGCGGCGAUCGACGAGUACGAUGCGGAGGUGUACCAGCGAGGCAAACGGGAGAUUGAGAUCUCGGAGGAGUCAAUGUUUGGACUCCACCACUACAGCGCGAUCAAAGGAUCUCCCAUUGACCGCAUGGGGUUGAAGGAGCAAAAGGCUUAG